CUUGACCGCAACGUUCAACCUAAUACAAUUUCAUUGAUCGUAAACAACAUUGUCAGGGCUGGCGCUAGCUCAUCAUAGGCCACGGCGACUAAAUGUCUCAUCAUCUCUUCUUGCUCUCUCCGUCUGAUACGCCAAUAUACGGUUUGACACACUACUCUACUAAGCUACCACAGCCAACGUCCUCGUCACUUUCGUCAAAUUUGCCUACAUGGUCUACUUCUGCGUUUGCGGGCACGUUGACGGCGUUGUCAGGAGCGUCUAGCGCUACGCAGUCUCAUCACGUCCAAGGGGGCAGUGUGAGGAUGGGCGGAGGGCAAGAUCGACAUGUGAUACAAAUGAUUGCCAACGCAAGUCUGGACGUUAUUGAAGAUGUCAUGCGAAAGGAAAGCGCCAUGUAUCUGAAAUCUGUAGAUAAAUUCAAUGAAUGGACGGUGUCUGCGUUCAUCACCCCAGGCAACAUGAAAUUCAUUCUGCUGCAUGAGACCAAGAAUGAUGAUGGAAUUCGGUCCUUCUUCCACGAUGUCUGGGAAUUAUACCUCAAGACAAUGUUAAACCCAUUCCACACGGCACAUUCACCGAUACGCAGUACUGUGUUUGAUACACGGGUCCGGGCGAGUGCGAAAAAAUAUCUUUGACAUCGGUACCUGGGGAGAGGCCACAUGCUGUCCAAAUGUGGGGAACAAGACAAUAACUUUCAUUACACGGCAUACACGUGUAGUUAUCAUAGGGACCAGGAAAUGCAGCUAGACUCUGUAGUGGAGUGCAUUACGGAGAUCCAGGUUGAGCAAUACUAGUUUUAAAACAAGGAGGCUGUGAGCUUGAGUGCUGUGUGCUGAGCUCGACGUUGACGACGACUAUAGGGGGUGUUAGGGGGGAUGACUGAUGUAGCACUGCCACU